AUGGGCCAAGAGGAUUCGCCUUCCAUGCCGAAUGGAGUGUUCUCACUCCUCGAUACGGAUUUGUACAAAUUGACGAUGCAAUGCGCGGUUCUGAAAUACUUCCCUGAUGUUUACGUCACGUAUGGCUUCACGAACCGCACGCCACAGAUGAAGCUGUCCCGAGGGGCAUACAAAUGGCUUCUGGAGCAGAUAGAGAAACUUGAUAACAUCCGAGUGACUCAUGAAGAGAUUGAGUUCCUGAAGAAACAAUGCCCCUACUUCAACGAGGCCUAUCUUCAGUACCUAUCCGAGUUCAAGCUCACGCCCUCUAAACAGAUCGAUAUCAAGUUCACCCCCGUACAGGAUACCGGCAGCGAUGAUGAUAGGGGUAAUCUGGAAUACACCAUCAAGGGUCUUUGGGUCGAGACAAUACUCUACGAGAUUCCUCUCCUCGCCUUGACUAGCCAGGCAUACUUCAUGUUUAUUGACAAGGAUUGGGAUUACCACAGCCAAGAGGAAAGGGCAUGCCGCAAAGGGUGUGAACUACUAAAGAAUGGCUGUAUAUUCUCGGAGUUCGGAUCGAGACGCCGUCGGGAUUAUCAUACGCAAGACCUCGUUAUGGAGGGUCUUUGCCGAGCUGCAAAGGAAGGAGAACAGCAGGGAUGGAAAGGAAAAUUUUCCGGGACAAGUAAUGUUCAUUUUGCCAUGAAAUACGGGGUCAACCCUGUCGGCACGGUUGCCCACGAAUGGUUUAUGGCUAUUGCUGCCAUUACUCAAGACUACGAGAAUGCAAACGAGCUAGCACUGAGGUACUGGCUGGGUUGUUUCGGAGAAGGGGUCCUUUGUAUUGCAUUGACGGACACUUUUGGUACGCCAGCUUUUCUUGAUUCCUUCCGAAAGCCAAUUCCAGCACAUACAGUUGCAGCUAUGGGUUCCGUCGCCGUCGCACCAUCGGGACCUGGAACGACAGCCGAGUCGACAACACAGAGUGAAUCGGACAUAGAGCCUCCAAUCGCAGCGCCGCUUCACAAUGGGACUACCACUCACCCCAUUAAGACGUAUGCCCAGGUUUAUUCAGGCGUUCGCCAGGAUUCUGGCGACCCUGAGUAUUUCGUCAAAAUGGUGCGAGAUUUCUACGACAAGGAGGGAAUCAAAGACCGGAAGACUAUUGUCUUCUCGGAUUCGUUGAAUAUACAACAUUGUCUCGAUUACAAGCUGAUAGCGGAGGAGGCUGGCUUCAAUCCUGUUUUCGGCGUUGGAACGUUCUUGACUAAUGAUUUCAGCAACAAGUCAGAUGGCAGAAAGUCAAAACCACUCAAUAUCGUCAUCAAGAUCUCUAGCGCCAACGGACACCCUGCUGUCAAGCUUAGUGACAACAUGGGCAAGAACACAGGCGACAAGGCGACCGUUCAAGACGUGAAGAAGAUGCUGGGAUACAUCGAGCAUCAAUGGCAGGAGGGUGAUGAGAAUGCCCGGUGGAAGUAA